UGGUGUUCCUUCCUUCCCUGUCCAACGGCCCAGGUGCCCAUUCUCUCUCUUUUUCUUCUUCUCUCUUCUCUCUCUCUCUCUCUCUGCAAUUUUAUUUUAACCUAAAUCAAAGGUGACGCUGAUUACCGAUAAGAGAGAGACCGACGAGGCCUACUAGGAACACUUGAAAUCCGACGUGAAAAAGGUCCAAGGUGGUCGCAACUGACGGUGACCAAUUCGGAUCUGUUGUCUUCACUCGUCUUCCAUAGCUGAAUCUUAAUCUUCAUGCAGCAUUCCUCCAACACAACGCAGCAACACUCAACUCUCUUCUUCAUAUUGCUUUCGUUUCUUCUUCCUAGCCCCUCUUCUGAAACUACUGUUCUUUUGCCCUUACCAGUUACUAUUUUGAGCUCAAAAAUUCUUAUCCAAAAUCAGAGUUUGCUGUGAAAACGCUUAACGUUUUAAAUUAAUUUCCUUGUUCACCCUCCUUAUGAGGAGCUGAUUUUGAGAGUUGCUGAUUUACGGGAUUUUUGUUCUGAAUUUACCAAGCAUGGAUAAAGUUUCAUCAGACUGUCCAUACCCGGGGUGCUUCUUUUGUGUUAUGAAGGAAGGGAAUCCAAGUAAACGUAGAGCAAGUAUACUGAAAUUCUUUCGGGAACUUCCAUCUCAGGAUGAUGAUGGUCAGGUGCUCCCUAUCAGUGGCUUGUGGAACACGGCAAUGGCACAUCCAAAUGACCCUGAAUUCAUAGAGCUAGGAAUUUUUGAAUGCAUGGCUGCUCUAAUAUGGAAGGGACUGAAGAAUCGGCGCUGGCUUUCUCACGAUCAAAAUAUUUACAUUCCUUAUUAUGCAGCUCAUAUAAUUGGUUCCUACACAAUGAAUAUGGAAGAAUUUGCUGAAAGUGCUGUGCAUGCUGGGGUCAUUCCUGCUCUGGUUGAGCUUUUAAGAGGUAGAUUAACUUGGGUUGAGCAGAGAGUAGCAGUACGAGCUUUAGGACAUUUAGCUACGUAUGCCAGCACUUUUCCUACUGUAGCAAGUCAUGGUGAAAUUCUUGAGCUCUCCAUCCAGUUAGCAAUGAGUUCCCUUGAAAUAGUUUAUUCGCACUUUUACCAAUAUGUUGAUAGAAGGCUAAGUUAUCAUUGUGAUUUGCUUACACGUGGCAUGGGUGGUGUUGAAAUGGAGUCCAGGAAGGCUGAGGAAUGGGCUAGUCAGUUGCAAUGUUGGUCCCUUCAGCUGAUUAAUUGCUUUGCUUUCAAACCUGAAUUCCUUCCUACGAUAUGCAAAACCGAAUUUCUGAUCAAACUACCUGGCAUGUGGGGUGGACUUGUUAAUGAAAAUUCACCAGCUGGUAUUGGUUUAUUAAGAACAAUUUGUCAUCAAAAGCUUGGUAGGGGACCCAUUGCCAGUUGUCCCAGUAUUAUUGAAGCUUUGUGUAAUAUUGCCCGGUCUUCAGAUGAUUGGCAGUAUAUGGCAAUUGAUUGUCUUCUAUGGCUUCUUCAAGAUCCCAAUACAUGUCACAAGGUGAUUGAUAAAGUGGUUCCUGCAUUAGUUGACCUUGCCGAAAUUACAACUCUUGGCGACCACAAAAAGCUUGGUGAUUCCAUUGUUGGUGUUCUUCAGGACUGCAUCCAGUCGCAGGGGUCAGGAAGAAGCUCAAUUAGUGGUCGCACUAGUGAACAAAUUGAGGACCUAUUAAAUUCAAAGCAAAGGUUAAAAUGGGAAAAGAAUAUGCCCAAGGAAGAUCUACACAUUAAGCAGGCUGCAGCUCUGGUGGUCAAGCUUGAAGGAAAUUCUCUGUUCUCAUCUGGAAAUAUUUCUGGAGCUGCAUCAAAAUACUCAGAAGCAUUGUCAUUAUGUCCGAUGAGAUCCAAGAAGGAGAGAGUUGUUCUAUAUAGUAAUCGAGCUCAAUGCCAUCUUUUGCUGCAGCAACCUUUGGCUGCCAUCAGUGAUGCUACCCGUGCACUAUGCCUUCAUAAACCUCUCAACCGUCAUGCCAAAAGCCUUUGGAGAAGAGCACAAGCUUAUGACAUGCUUGGGUUAGCAAAAGAGAGUUUAUUGGAUGCCAUUCUAUUUAUUAAUGAAUGCUCUCAAUCAAAUGAUCCUGAUCUCUCACAGAGACAAAAUAAAGUUCCGGAUUAUGCUGAGCGAUUAGUCAAGAAACAGAUGCGUGCUGCUUGGUUAUUUCGAGAGGCAGCUAUUAAGCAUGGGGGUGUCCAUAGUCAAGGUGAUGCUGGUGAUUUAUAUGGCCCAGAUACUGAUGACUCUGAAUGGGAGACGGCAAGUGAAAGUGAUAUAGGAAACGAUGGAAGGGAUGAUAUGGGUGAAGAGGAUGACGGUGAUUGGAAUAAUGAUGACGACGGGAAAGAUUAUGAAAAGCCUUUGCUGAAAGACAUAAAGCACGGAUAUAGUGUGCAACUUGCAGCAGAAGAACCAUGACCUGACAGGGUAAACCUGUGCUGCUGCAUGAAUGAAGCAUGGUGGCUGCUAUGGCUUCAAACUCUGCAUGCUACGUGGGCUAGUUGCUCAUUCUCUAUGUAUAACAGUGGAAGUGUUGUGAAUUUUCUGUCUUCUAUUUGAGGUUGAAGUUUAAUUUACUUGAAGUUUUCCAUAUUCAAUACUUGUUCUCCCCUUUCGAUGUUAAGUGUAAAAAUUGGAUAUUCAAGUUUGGAGAACUGCAUAGCAUUCGAAACCUGUGAAGUAUAUUUUUCUUUCUUUUCCAUUUUUGGUAAGUUUGUGUAUAUAGACCUUUUGUGGUCAAGUUUUCUCGAGUCCAUUUUUCUAUUUUGUUCUACAUUUUUAUUUCUAUUAUUGACGUUCAUUUUAUUUUAUUUGGUCAAAUUUAUGAUG